CUUGGAAAAAGAUUAGUGUUCGUCUGUCUGCUCGCAGUCAGUGUGGAGUCUAACAUCAGCAUAUGGUGGAAUUAUGGCACAUAAUGAAACACAUCCCUUUUUGGAGAUACUAAAAUCAUUUAAUCUCGGCGAUAUGAUUCUCGCCUUCUGUUUAUCUGUGCUUGUGGGCCUGCUGCUGGGUGCUUUGGUCUACGUCCUUUUGACCUGGGCAUCCAGGCGCACAGCCACCGCCAGGAUCACCAGGCGCUCUAAAAAGAGAUCUGGCACUUCACAAGCAAACAACCCCAUGAGCAGCCAGCUGGGCCUCUACAGAAGCACUUUUCUCAGCGUCUACAGGCAGCCCUCUCUGGAGCCGGUGGGCCCUCUGGGGAGUAAGCCUGCCGUAGAGGCCUCCACCUUUCGCCCACUGCCCAAGAGAAACAGGGCCGGCCUGGACAUGGGCGAGGACACUCAGGUCACCACACCUGAGGACACGGCAGCUUCAAAGUCAUCGGACUCAGCAUGCCUCGUGCCAAACAAGAGACAUUCCUUCUGGUUGGGCAGCAAUGGACUUAAGGGUUUCCUGCCCUCGCAGACACCCCCUCCUGCAUACGACAGUGUCAUCCACGCCUUUGAAGAGACUUGCACAUGAAUCUGUCUUCAUAAAUACCACAACAACUGAAAAAGGAGAACAUUGUGGGAUUGGACGGGACUUUUCUGCCUGUGUUGCGCUCUUAAUGAGCGUUUCCUGCCUAUUGAGGGACAAGAACUUCUGUGACACUUUUCAGUCUAAAGCAGCGUUUCCUUAACUGCAUCUCUGUUAAUCGAUUAGUGUUUUAUCUAUAGAAUGUCACAAAAUAAGUCUUGUUCUGUCCAAAACCCAACGUAUUCAAUGUACAAUGAUAUAAAAUAGAGGCAAGCAGUAAAAAUGCUAAUGCUGCAGAAGAUGGAACAAGCAAGCGUUUGGCAUUUUUUCAUGAAAAAUUACUCAAACGAUUAAUCGACUAAUUAUUGCAGCUCUAAUACAGUUGUUUGUGACCAUUGCCGAGCAUCUCAUGAGCCAUGAUGUAGUCCACCAGUAAUGAGAGGCUGGUGGUAAAGAGAGUCUGACGGUGGAUUUCACUCUGAUGACAUGAAGCUGAGGGAAACACU